AUGGUGACGUCCGCCGUGGAACAGGAAAAUUUCCUGGAUCAUCUGUUCUCUACUGUGUACAUUACGUAUAGCCUGAUCGGAAUCCUGCUGAAUUUGAUCUUGCUCUGGUUGAUCAUCACCCAGAAGAACGACUGUAUUAGAGAGUAUCGUAUUUUACUCGGAAAUACCACCUGUGCACUACUUCUCUUGUCAGCUCUUACCCUUUUCUUGCAACUACGAUUUGUUGUCGCUGGGAACUCGCUGGGCUAUGUUGCCCUCGGACCAGCACGGUUCCUGAACAUGCCACGGCUGGUGCUUUUCUGCACGUCGUUGAUGCUCACCAUUGACAUUUAUUCCUUCAUGACGAUAGCUAUGUGUAUGGUCUACAAGUAUCUAACACUCACUGAGAGCAGUCCAAGCGAAGAGAAGCUGUUGAUCGGAAUCGGCCUUUUCUUUCUGUUACCUCUUUCGACCGGAAUUGCCUUGCUUGUAUACGAUCCGGAUUAUUCGGAACUUCACACAAUUCUUGAGGAACUCAGACCAGAGUACGACUUGGAGAGAUAUGGGAAUUAUAGCGGCCUACCGAACGUUAGGAGCAUUUAUGUUAUGUAUUUGAUUGUUGUGAUAUGCUCCAUCGGAGUCUCAUCGUACAUCGUCAUGAUAAUCGCCGGAGUGAAGAUUCAACGUCUGGUGCUGACCAGCCAUUCUAAAAUGUCCGCCAGUAACAUGAGAAUUUUCAAAAUGAUGGUGAAGGCUCUGGUGAUCCAGUCGUUCAUGCCUGUGUUCUUCUCGUUUCCUACAAAAAUCCUCUACCUUACCGUACAGUUCGGCGCAUUCCGAUCGCUUACCGCUGAAUAUCUGAUGUUUGCGAUGUCCCCGGUGGAAGAAGCUGGGCUUCUCGAAGAAGAUAGGAAAGAGCUCCAACACGGAAACGGAGCAGUCCUUUACAAGAAGAAGCAGCUCGUGGAACAAACCUACAUUAACUCAGAUCUCAUCUGA